AUGCCUGCUGUGUUGGCGAAAAUGAGCUCGAGAAGCGCCUCAUGGUUCUAUGCAUUCAGUGUCUUUGUUUUGAGUAUUUGUGGAUCCACACAUGCAGCAAGUAAGUCAAUUGCAAGUAUAUUUACAGUAGCCUAGCCUAUUCGAUAUUGUUGUUUAAGGUUGCCAAAUAUAUCUGUCACACUCCGACACUCAUCCAACUCAAGUGUUAUGAUAUUUGAGAGGUAUAUAUCAUUUUCCCAUAAUAACUCCGGUGGGCUAUUGUUUUAACACAUUAGGACACUUGUUAACACAUUAGGACACACAUACUGUAGAAUGAAUUAAUAUUCAGUUGUCUUGUAUACAAUUGCAUUGUGUCUUUGUUGACUUCAAGUUGACAGGUGUUAAAUGCUUUUUAGGCUACUCAUUGUAGCUGUUUUGGAGGAGUCAGAUGAAGCGGGCUUGCUGGGACACUCCCACUUUCCAUCACCAGGUGGCAGUGUUUCACACUAUUGUUCACGCACUGUAUAAAAUAACCAUGAUCCUCUUUCAGAUAAUUGCAAUGGACCAUUGCUAUCAGUUUUGCCUGAGUCAUCCUUCAAAAGCUCUUCAACAUCCUCCAACAGUCAGCUGCCUCACUUUGUUAAGCUAAACAGAAGAGAGGGUAAGUAUUGCCACAUUCACUGUAAGCAGAAUAUUAUCAGAUCUAGUGAGGGAUUUGGUUGUAUUGGCCUACAUCAUUAGAAGAAGAAGAUCAGAUUCCGAUUCAGAGAUUCAGUGUUUAAUAGUCACAUGUACAGGGUUGCAGGUGUGAUUGCAGGGUACAGGGACAAUCUUCGGCUCCGAGAUCCAACAUGCUAAGUGAAAUAAAAUAAUGAAAAUGGUAAUAAACAACAACAAUAGAAAUAGCACUAUAUACAUCAUAACUGUAGCAGUGAUGAAUAAAUAAAGGUCCAUUGGGGUGGAGGCAGAGUAAAGACAGUUGAAGGGGUGGGGGGGAAUGGCCAUAGCGGGAGCAGCAUGACAAUUUGGGGGGGGGGGGGGGGGGGUGAGGACCAAGUGAAAUAAAAACAAUAACAAUUAUAAUAAAAUAAAAUACAUCAAUAAUAUACAUAUUAACAACUGCAACAGUGAUGAAUGUCGUUGUUAAUUGUCACAGAGACACAGACACACACACACACACACACACACAAACGCGGAGAGACACACACCCAUGGUACCCUUUCCGGCUCCAGGAGAGGGUGGCUGGGCCCCGGAGCGGUCAGACAGACAGCCGUGGCUCCAGCUGGACCUCAGGGAGAAGAUGGAGGUCACGGCCAUCGCUACACAGGGCCGUUCAGGGAGCUCUGACUGGGUGAACAGCUAUAUGCUGCUGUUCAGUGACUGUGGCCUGGUGUGGAAGCAGUACGGACAGAGCGAAGACACUGGGGUGAGGCUCUGCCUGUCUGGCAGGUUGACAUUUAUUGUCAUGAGUCUUGCCCUGGAGGCAGAAAAAGCAUCUUUCGGCUAGAUGGGCCAGCUGCAAAGUCAAAAUUGGCUAUAUCGUAUAAAUUGUGAAAACUAAAAUGAGCUUUUUGGUCUUAAUAUAAGGUUAGGGUUAGGCAUUAGGGUUAGCAGUGUGGUUAAGGUUAGGGUUAGGUUUAAAAUUGUAUGAAAAUGUAUGCACUCACUAACUGUAAGUCGCUCUGGAUAAGAGCGUCUGCUAAAUGACUAAAAACGUAAAACGUAUGACAUUGUGGCUGUGCCAGCUACUGAACACUCUGCAGAGCUGCCUCCAGUACAUGAGUUAUCCCAAUAAAUGCCAACCUGCACAUGUCUGUAUACCUGUUAAACAGUGGAAUAAUGAAUUCCCUCUUUCUUUUCAGCAGUUUUCAGUUGCAUGACAACGUGACUGCAUGGAGUGGGAGGGGUGGGGGGUUGUGCUUCUUGCUGUUGACUCUGAACAAUAGGAAUGGUGAGGUGAGGUGAAGCGGGAAAAUUUAAACAUUGCAAAAAGAAAAUGUUUUGCUACAAUCCCACUGGGCACAGACGUCAAUUCAACAUCUAGUUUUGAUUUACAUUUGGUUGAGUUGUCAACUAACAUGAAUUCAACGUGAAAUCAACAAAAAAUGUCACCAUGUUAUUGGAUUUAGGUUAAAAGCCCAGUUUUUGCCCAGUGGGAUACUUCAGUUGUAGCAUUCAAACAUACCGGAAAUAUGUGCCUGUACCUCGGUGAUUGACUGAACAGCAUGUCUUAUAUCUUUAGAGGGCAUUUGAAGUUGACAAGUCCCUUCAAAAAGCAUAAUGAGAAAAAUUGAAUUUGUGUAAGCCAUAAGAAGUAGGGAUUCAUUUCAGGUCUUAAGGGGAAUCCUUCCAUGGCAGAUAUUAUAAGACAUUUUCAAGCUGUAAAUGAGAGAUUUAGAGAAAAGUAAAAUGCGAAAAUGAAAUGUUUUGCUGUUGAAAAGUGGCUAAAUAAUAUAAUAAAUUAGAAAGAAAGAAAAUCAGAAAGAAAGAAAAUGUCACACUUCUGAAAAUACCAAAUGUAAACUUUUGUUUACCUCAGCAACCCCCAGCUAUUUUCUGCUCUCUGUACUUGAACGCUCUCACCCCAGAAGCUUCGGUUGGCCGCUUGAGAGUUACACAGAGCAUAAAACAGUCAACACAGUCUUCUGGCCUCUAGGGUACAAGCUCUGCUGCCUUCCCUUUUGCUUGACUUGAAUUACUUUAUUUUGGGGGGUUUGUUUUAUUUGCACUUCUGAAUUGAUUUGUGUGGCCACUGGGCCCACCAGAGACAGAGGUCGCAUUGCUUCUUCUCAUGCUGAAAGGCAAAGCAAAUGGGCUCAGAUGGGCUUAGGCCUCCAUAGAAGAAUCAAUACAAGUCAUAAAAGAGCUUCAUCAUCCCCUUAAAUCUAAUGUUCCUGCUGGUUCUUCUAAAAAGUUGUGGGAAAGAAAUAGAAAAACUGCAUCUUGGCACGAAAGCAAAGCCCUCAUUUGCCCUAGUUAGUAUCAUUGACUGGUUACUACUCGUGGCUUUUUUCACAUUAUCUUUGAAUGAAUGAUGACUUUUCAUGAUCUGUUACCAAUUGAAAAAAGAACGUUGAUUUGAAUGUGUUUGACCAAUAUAGUAAAGAUCUAUUCUCCCACUCCUCUUCCCAGCAGACGUUCACAGGGAACACUAACUCAGAGGGUGUAGUCCAACACAAGCUGGUCCAUUCUGUCACAGCUAGGUUCCUACGCUUUGUCCCACUGGACUGGAGCACUACAGGAUGGAUCGGCCUCAGAGUGGAGGUUUAUGGCUGUGUGUACAGUAAGUGGAUCAUCACAUCAGGCUGUCUCUAAUCAGGAUAUUGUUUGUGUUAGUGAUGCGCGGGUCAGCUGUUUGUUCACCCGCAACUGCCCGACUAUACGUGAUAAAGUGAAAAUCUGAGGCCCGCACCUGACCCUAACCCACAAAUAUAGAAAAUAUGCUGUGCCGUCAGAGAUGGCAAAAAUAAAUAGAUAGAAUCAAUGCUUUAAUCUAGUUGACAUCACUAAAGUUUGUUUUCGCUUUCCUCUUUAAUCUCUGCUUCUCUUGCGAAGCAAAGAUGUUUCGGGACCGGGGAGAAAAUGCAAAAAAAUUAAAAAGAAUGGAACAAUUUUCAGAGCAAAACGUCCAAAUGACAUCAGUUUGACCGGUUUGAAUGAAAUUAAAACGACCCAACAUGUUUUUGAUAAGAUUUCAAUUCGGAUUGGAUGCAUAUUUUAUGUGGUUGAAAUACUAUCAGCUUUUAUGUUGCUGAUAAAGAUAUCACCGCCACCUUUACAGACGGUCCCUAACCGCGCAGUCACUCUCUCAAGAUGCUGAAAUAAAUACAUUAUAUUUUUCCACUCCUGUUCCUGAGUCAAAAUUUACAUUUGGUGUAUAAUUUUACUGCAAAAAAUGCUUAAUUCUGAAGGAGUUAAUAUUAUAGGUGAGAGGUUAUAAACCUACAGUUAGUGUCCAGAUUUCAGUAAUGCUACUAUUCCAUUUAACCCAUCUGAACAGUACAGUUCCCUUGACGUGCCAUUUUUAAGUACCCGUCUUGUGACUGUCAAAUUUGUAUAGUGCCUCACAAUCAUCACACAUAACAUAGCCAGCCCGGCAUUGCUAUCAUCCUCUUUUACCACUUCACCAAAUCUUUCCCAAACAUCAGACUACUGUUCACAGCUUUUAUCUUACUGAAUUAAACUCCGACAUUGCCCUUUUUGCCUCAGUGGAUCAAGUUCCCAUAAGCAUUUGGCAAAUGGCGUGUAUUUGGCUUGCUACAGUUAAGCCCUAAAGCUUAGGUUUAGGCUACGUACUAACGGCAGAUAAAAAUAAUGAAAGAAAAACCUCAAUGUAGCCUGUAGAUAAGAAUUGCACAAGAAUAAUACAUAUAUGGAUAUUUUUAAUGCAUUGUUUCUCUUUAUUCAACCUGCCUGCUGCCCACUGUUAAAAUGAAGCGCCAUGUAACACCCAAACUAGUGGCAACUGAGCUGCCACCAACUUGAAGGAGACGAAACCUUAACUUUGCUGGAGUAUUGAAACUCAUCAUCCUGAGAUGUUCUGAAACAUUACAUGGUGUGUUGGAACACCACUUAAUCAAGUGUUGUGCAAUACAUUGCCAGGGUCUGGGAGCGCUUACAGAAAAGGUUGAAAACACUAUUUUGGCGUUUUGAGACCUGUUUAGUGCAGAACUAGAUGCCUUCUCUUUUGGUGCCGUUUCCUCUCUCUAAAGUUUCUAAACACAAUUAUAGUGUUUUGAAUCCAGUCUAGUGAAGAAUUAAAUCCCUUUUUCUGAAGUUUCUUAACGUUUCACAUUGUUUUAUAUAUUUGCCAUUUUAUACCAUUUGGGCAGACAUUGUCAGGCACAGUGUUCAAAUCACCAGCAGUAGCUGUAGGUUGACCUGUAAGAAUUGAGGAUUCUGUAUGUGCCUCUUUUGUUGACAACCAGGUUCUUCUUCUUCUUCUUUGGUAUUAUGGCGGUCCGCAAAUAAAUGUUAUAGGUGCCUGCUGCCACCUACUGUAUUGGCUGUGUAUCAGCCUACUAUUUGGUAGUAUAAAUUCAUUACACCUUGUGAAAAAAUUGCCCUACCAACUAACCCUACACCCAUUAAAACCUCACAACUAUUCCACUACUUGGCCCUAUCUGAUCCUACACCAGGCCAGCAGCCUGGAAGGACGGGACACUAUUGUUCAAAACAACUUCUUGUAACUCUUCUGCAGUAAAAUCUCGUACACCCAAGUACUUCUCUGCAACUGCCACCACAACAUUUAUCCUCUGUGAUUUACGUUCCAGUCCUGCGGUACAGUUGACAACCAUGAAUGUGGGAAUGAGUGCUGUCCUCAAUGAAUGUCAAUUUUCCUGACGGUUUUGAUAUCCGUUCAUCUAUUACACCUCAUGGCACAACAAGCUGCUUUAAUACUAAUAUAGAAAUAUACUUUUCUUUCUUCAAACAUGCAUACAGAAAGAAAACAUUUUGAAUUACCCACAAUCCUCUAAAAACAGAGCCAAGAUACAAAAUUCAAGGUGAUUAAAACCAAAGACUUCCAAUGAGUUCAAUCACUACAUUUUCUCUCAGGUUAUCCUCAUGAAAGAUACUGUACUUGCAUUUUGAACAACAUAUUAAGUUGGAUUUAUUCUGAAAUUCUUUUGUUAAAAUGAAAUGAACAAAUCAUUGAAAUGACUUGCAUAAUUUGUAAAAAAAUAUUUUUGGGGUAUUUUGACAAUUUAUUGAGACUGUUAUGAAAUGACAGAGGGGAUACAGAUAUGUGUGAGAGUGGAAUUGAACCCCAGUCUUCGGUGGGGAGAGGGGUGACAUGUCUAAGCCGGGUGCGUUAGGCCUACCGCUAUACAACGGGCUCUGCACGACUUGCAUUCAUUUUUAUUAAGUACAUCAUAUGUUGGUUGUUUUUUUGAGUCAAUUUCAAUUCACCCCAGAAUAAUUUCUUACAGUGUGGCUGUGUGGUUGAGUGGGUAAAAUUCCAACAAAACGUACCAUUUUAUUGCCCCUCCUGUUUCUAAUAUGUCCAAAUAAAGCAUUGAAAAAAUAAAGGUGGAAUUCCACCCCCAAAAAUAUCCAUUGGCCCUUAUCAUCAAUCGAUAAACCAUUGACUGUAUGAGAAACACAGUUUUUGUGUUUUGAUGCUGCCUUUUACAUGCACUGAAACCCCCAAAAGUGUUUUCACAACACUCUGAUUCUGUGUAUUAAAACACUCACAUUGGGUUUUUCAUUCAAACACCCCCCAAACACCAGAUCUCAGAUUAGGAGCACUACUUUUCAUGGUUAUUUUUACAGUGCCCCUGCCCUUUAUCCACACAAUAUUUGUGUGUGUGUGUGCAUGUGUGUGCGUGUGUGUUUGUGUUUCUGAUUAUACACAGAUGUAUUAUAAAGUGUUAGCAUACAUUUGAACAUUAUGCCAAUAUUCAGUAGAUGGGUAAUCUGACCGUAAUCUUCAUGUUUAUCUUCAUCCACUAUUGGUUCACAGAGUCAGAUGUGGCAGACUUCAACGGCAGGAGUGCUCUGUUGUACCGGUUUAACCAGAAGUCUCAGAGCACGGUGAAGGAUGUGAUCUCCCUCAGGUUUAAGAGCAAUGGGGCAGACGGGGUGCUGGUGCACGGGGAGGGACACAGAGGAGACUAUCUGACAUUAGAGCUGCACCACGGGACCCUGGCUCUGCACCUCAACCUGGGUAAGCACAGGCCAAUGGUCUCAUAGAACUACUAAAGGGAAUGGUGCUAUCAUUAUGACAAAAUCAAAUAUACAGUAUGAGAUGCUGAUUCUGAAGACUCCUCAUUUCACCGCUCUGUGUCUUACUCCUCCUCCUCCUCCUCCUCCUCCUCCUCUUCCACCUCCUCCUCCUCCUCCUCUUCCACCUCCUCCUCCUCCUCCUCCUCUCUCCAGACGACGCUAAGCUCUACCCCAGCAGUGGGAACGUGUCAGUGGGCCUGGGCAGUCUCCUGGAUGACCAGCUCUGGCACUCCGUCCUAGUUAAACGCUCCAACAAGCAGGUCAACCUCACCGUGGACGGGCACACACGUCACCUCAGCACCACAGGUGUGGAUGACUCACUGGAGGUGGACUAUGAGGUGCGUCAUCACUCAUUAAUGUACUGUAUUUCAUUAUAGCCACUUCAAAUUAUGCCCCAUAAUUAAUUAUGUGCCAUAAAUUAUAAAUUAAUCAAUCCAUACAUUACUGAAUGGAAGAUAUUUAGAUGUUUUUUAGUAGUGUAAUCAGUUAGACAUAUUUUGCUUUGUGUCACAAAGCUCAGCUUCGGAGGAAUUCCUAUACCCGGUAAACCAGGAAGCUUCCUGAGGAAGAACUUCCAUGGCUGCAUAGAGAACCUCUACUAUAAUGGAAUCAACAUCAUCAACCUGGCCAAGCGACGCAAGCUCCAGAUUCACAGUGUGGUAGGGAUCUAUAAUAUACUAUACAUAAAGCAUACUGUAUGUACAUACUGCACUCCAACUGAAUAAACGCCAAUAAGAAUAACCAUUAAUUAAAAUCAUUCAAUACCUUACAACUAAAUGAACCAGUAGGGAUGAAUGUGGUGUGUUUCACAUAAAAAAACGGGUGGUUCGAGCCCUGAAUGCUGAUUGUCUGAAAGCCAUGGUAUAUCAGACCGUAUACCAUGGGUAUGACAAAAAAUUACUUUUUGCUGGUCUAAUUACGUUGGUAACCAGUUCAUAAUAGCAAUAAGGCACCUCGGGGGUUUGUGGUAUCUAGCCAAUAUACCAUGGCUAAGGGCUGUAUCCAGACAAUCCGCGUUGCGUCGUGCGAAAGAACAGCCCUUAGCCAUGGUAUAUUGGCCAUAUACCACAACUCUUUGGGACUUAUUACUUAAUUAUAAAUUCGUUUUGUGUCAUGGAAGUUCACACCUCUCAAAAUACAUUUAUAAAACUACAAUGCUGGAAGAUGAUGAAUAUAUCAAAUUAAAUGGAGGUUAGGAGGAGGCAAAGUAGGUGCAGUUUUCUCAGUCCAUUACAGAACGCCUCUACUCUGUCUAUUUUAAUAUAAUAAUGUACAGCUAUCUCUAGAACCCUUUGGUGACCAAUUACAGGCAGGCGCUGAGCCAUGGACACCCACUCCCUCCCAACCUACGGUGAGCUCUGUCUGUGGAGGUAAUUUGUACGUCCCAAAUGGCACCCUAUUCCCUAUAUAGUGCACUACAAAAGUAGUGCACUAUAUAGGAAAUAGCGUGUCAUUUGGGACCCAACCAAUGUGAAUACAUGGUAGAUAGACAUGUUGAAGAGGCGGCAGUAAUGAGAAAUGAAAGGAAGCCACUGUUGUCAUUCUUUUCAGACCCAACUGUGCAGAAGGCGUACCUGGCACAUUGCAUAGUUGCCAUGGCAAAUAUUCAUGUGUAGAUUAAACAGAAAAGUGCUCAAAUGUAUUAGAAGCCAAUUUUGUUUUAUGGACAAUACUUGCCCAUUAUUGGCUCUCUUUAUUAUUCAGCUGAACUCAUUACCAUCCAUGUGAACUACAGAAGCCAAUGAAAGAGACAGUAAAGGUAUUUGAGAUGUUGCCUGGCAGAGAGUAUGUUAUCUGUCAGGGGACAGUGUCAAAUAGACAGCCAGCACCUGAGUUCUGUUCUCCUCUGUGGCAGGCAGCAGUAUCGAUGAUGUAUUCACAGCUAAGCUGAGCAUGUGUAUCGGACAAAUACUGAACUCUGUAUUCACUCUCACUGCUCCUUCAUUCUCCCUGGGACAUAAAAUCUGAAUUAGUGAUAACAUUUGACAUUUCCAUGGCCUUUCCACUCAGAUGACCAUGAGUAACAUUGUAUCUGCUAGUGUGUGACGUACAGUAUGUCAGUGAUGCAUGCACAUUCAUUCUGUAUAUGUCACAGGAAAGGACCCAUGACUCAAAGGACUCCAGAACACACACACAAAAGGAAUGAUUUCCCAUACUGUAUACAAUUUCCAUCUCUUUGAACAGUUGCUAUUCAGCACAUUUCAAUAAAAGACAGUAGUAGGCCACCACUGAAUGGGUAUAGUAUUGAUCCCUACCUAUCCUUUCCCCUGUUCCCCAGGGCAACGUGACCUUCUCGUGCUCCGAGACCCAGCCCCAGAUGGUGUCCACCACCUUCCUGUCCUCCAGUAGUAGCUACCUGUCUCUACCCCUGGAGCCUCCUGGAGUGUGGGGGCUGGACAUACACUUCCACUUCAGGACCUGGAACCAGGAAGGACUUCUGUUCUCCACCGGCCUGGCACAGCACCUGGUGUUGCACAUCAGCAGAGGCCAACUGCACCUAAUGGUCCAUGGAGCUGCUGAGCAGAAAACAAACAUUUCCAUAGGUUAGCAGCUACCUAGCUAGAAAAAUCCACCUAACGGCAUGUCACAGUGACUUUACUGUAGCUAAUGUUUGCUAAGUUUGCUAAUAACAACUGCCAGCAUUAUAGGACUAAAGUAAAUGUAGGCUAACCCAUACUGUGUUUUUCUGUGUGUUCUGUUUUACUAGACGUCAGUGUAACUGAUGGACUGUGGCAUUCUGUUAGUCUGAGCUACAGAGAUCUGAAGGUUUCCCUGGUCUUGGACAAUGAGCCAGCAUCUACCAUGGACGUACAAAGUCAUGCAGACUCAGGCAAUAGUGUAUUUUUUGGAGGUAAGACGGCAGUCUUUUAACUAUUGCUUAUUAUUAGUGGAAAAUUGGUAAUGACUGUCUUAAAUUAUGCAUGAUUUUUCUUUAAGUGUGUGUUUUAAUUAGAUCAGUGUAUCCUCAAAAUGUGUUUGAUUACUAUUUCUGGAAUGAUUUAGCAAUGAAAAGAUUGUCAUGAUUUCCAUCAGGUUGUCCCCAAUACAGUGGUGGCUGUAAGAACCCUACUGUGGCCUUCCAGGGGUGCAUGCGUCAGAUCCUCCUAAACAACAAACUUAUGGAUCUACCCCGUGUGCAGCAAGGGCUUUUGGGUAAUUACAGCAAGCUUGAGUUUGACAUCUGUGGGAUCCGCAACAGGUAUGCUCACAAAAUCUCAACAAUUCAUGUUUUUAUAUCUUAUAUUUAGGCUACAGUAUGUCAUUUGUGACACUGUUCUAUGUAAUAUAAGGGAAAGUAUCUCUGUUUCUGUCUCUUGAAUCUGUCAGUAUGACAUGUGUAUGACCUGAGAUCCGAUGGAAGGGCUCAACAGAGACAACAGAGAGCUUUUUCCUGGGGGUGGAUCCUAAAUGGCACCAUAGUACACUACUUUUGACCAAAAGUAGUGUACUAUAUAGGGAAUAAGGAGCCAUUUGGGACGCAACCCUGGACUGUAUGCCUGUACUGUCACACUGCCAACGCCAGAAACAUCCUCUGAAUAAUUCGUUCCCAUCCCUCUGUGGCAGCUGUGUGUGUGUGUGUGUGUGUGUGUGUGUGUGUGUGUGUGUGUGUGUGUGUGUGUGUGUGUGUGCGUAUCUCCCAUCCCUCCCUGGGCAUCUAUCCCUGCCACUAUUGAUUUGCCUGUGUGCCAGCUCUGACUAUUAGGCUGAGUGAGAAAUAUGUUGUGGCUGUGCCAGAGCAGGCAGCAGUGAUUAGGUUGACGCGCUCCAGGAGUCACGCUCUGUUUCCUCCCUAAGCCUGCUCUAUGGAGGAAUGGAGAGAUGGAGGGGUGGAGUGAUGGAGGGAACAGGCAGAGGAGACAGCACAGACAGUGGCUAUAUCGAGGGUUAUAGACAGUGGAUAUGCAAGGACACAACACUAUGAUAGAGGAACUGCCUUCUAUAUCUCUUUUAUCUUCUAUUAAUGGCUUUUCAUGCUACUGUAUGCAGCUCUGCUGUCUUGAGUUAUGUUUGGAGUUUGAACAUGUCUCUCUCUCUCCAUAGAUGUCUGCCUAAUUUUUGUGAGCAUGACGGACGAUGCACCCAAUCAUGGGAUACUUUCUACUGUGACUGCUCAGGGACAGGCUACACUGGAGAAACCUGUCACAACUGUAAGUCAACCUGUCACAACUGCAGCCCAAUUGUAAUGCCCGUGAUACAUUUGGGAUGACUUUGGAUAUCCCUAUGGUGCUAGUUAGGGACCAUCAGUAAAUUACACAAUGAACAUGGGACAAUGUGUUAAAAUUCCAAUAGCUCCAAAUUUAAAAUGCUUAUAAACCUCAAACCAACUAUAAAUUGUAGAAAUUCAUAUACCAAUAUUGAAAGCAUUUAAUGAGAAAACUAAAUGGUGUGUAAUUUGAAAAUAGUUUCUCUUUACAUUGUGUAAUUUAUUGAUGUAAUUUAUUGAUGUUCCCUAACUAUACAAAGUCAAACCAAUUUUGUCAUGGUCGCACACCAGCCGGCUGAAGCUAAUUGGCUAAAUUAUUUGGUUAAUUCUUCCCACCGGCGAAGACACACAAGAGACACUCACAUCAAACCACAACCCAAAACCAAAUAAUGUUUGAAUUCAGUCAUGGCCGCUAGCAUUUCUUAAUGAACCAAAUCUAAAACGAGGAGAAAUCAGGAAGUGCAGUCACCCUUUGAACUGACUCCUUCAUGAUAAUGAAAAUAUUCACCUGUGAAAAUAUACAGUACAAAUACACUCAGUUGACGGUUUAUUAGGAACACUACCCAUUCACAAAACAUGGUUCGCUCCUACAGACAGUGAGUCACGUUGCCGUGGCUUGCUAUAUAAAGCAGGCAGACAGGCAUCGAGGCAUUUAGUUACUGUUCGAUUGAACGCUUGAAUGGGCAAAACUAGUGACCUAAGCGACUUUGAGCAUGGUAUGAUCAUCUGUGCCAGGGACGCCGGUUCCAUUAUCUCAGAAAUGGCCGGCCUCCUGGGCUUUUCACGCACGACAGUGUCUAAGGUUUACCGAGAAUGGUGGGAUAAAUAAAAAACAUCCAGUCAGUGGCAGUCCUAUGGGCAAAAACAGCUCGUUGAUGAGAGAGGUCGAAGGAAAAUGGCAAGAAUCAUGCAAGCUAACAGGUGGGCCACAAACAGGCAAAUAACAGUGCAGUACAACAGCGGUGUGCAGAACGGCAUCUCAGAACGCACAACUCGUCGGUCCUUGUCACGGAUGGGCUAUUGCAGCAGACGACCACUCCGGGUUCCACUCCUAUCAGCUAAAAACAUGAAGAAGCGGCUCCAGUGAGCACGCGAUCACCAACACUGGACAAUUGAGGAGUGUAAAAACAUUGCCUGGUCCGACGAAUCCCGGUUCCUGUUACGUCAGGAUUUGGUGUAAGCAGCAUGAGUCCAAGGCCCCAUCCUGCCUGGUGUCAAUGGUACAGGCUGGUGGCGGUGUAAUGGUAUGGGAAGUGUUUUCCUGGCACACGUUAGGUCCCUUGAUACCAAUUGAGCAACGUUUCCAUGCCCCGAAGAAUUCUGGCUGUUCUGGAGGCAAAGGGGGGUCCUACCUGUUACUAGAUGGUUGUUCCUAAUAAACUGGCCACUGAGUGUAUAUUGUGUUUAAUAUACUGUAUAGAGUGACUAAAGUUACAUUAGUAUUUAAACUAUUUUCCAUCACUGAUUCUGACUCUCAUUGAUAUUCCCACCAGGGUAUCAUAAAUUGUGAAGUGUAGGGCACUUUACUGACUGCUGAAUUAUAAUGUACCUCAUCCCCGGUUAAAAGCUGCCGUGGCUUUGUACUUCACACCAAUACCGUUCACACAUUUUUCAUGAUUUUUUUUUCUAUUAAGCUAGUGCUCUUGACAUACGUUAAUACAUUCACUGCAACACGCUGUAACUUAAAGUUUUGAUCUUGCUUCCCACAGCUAUUUAUGAAGCGUCGUGUGAGGCACACAGACAAAUGGGGAGUACGUCUGGCAACUUUUACAUUGAUCCAGACGGGAGUGGUCCUCUAAAGGCAACACUGGUCUACUGCAACAUGACUGGUGAGCUCAUGGCUUGGCAUAGCCUGGUUAAACCAGACUGAAAUGUAGUGAAACAAUGGUGAGCACAGCGUUUGGUAACCAGGCUAGGGAAGCUACUAGUGCAGCUUUGGAUAUUCUCAAUUAGAUAAUAUGAGGCUAAUGCGAUUAAGUGUGUCCACCACUUUACACAUCUUUGUUUAUCUUUGGUGUUUUUUCCAUACAGUUGACUGACCUCAAUUUAAUUCAUAAUUAGAAAUGUGAAGGACACCUAUCUGGGAAAACAAAACUACAUACCAGAAGUCUUUCUCAUGCUAAUAUGAUAAUCUGGAUUAUCCACUGUGCUGUUAACCUGAUUAUCCUGUAUAUAAAGUGAAAUGCCUGCUCUGUCUCCCCUAUAGAGGACAAGGUAUGGACGGUGGUGGGCCACAACAACAGUGGGUCUGUGAAUGUGACUGGAGCCACAACAAAGAAGCCGUAUGUGAUGCGGUUCAACUACACUGCCUCUCUGGAGCAGCUCCGCACUCUGAUUGGACGGUCUGAGCAAUGUCAACAGGAAGUGGUCUACAGCUGCAGGAAGUCCCGUCUCUUCAAUACUUGGGGUGAGUCUUAAUGGAAGCUUGGUAAGUGCAAACAGUAUACAGAGAGCUCAAGUUUAAUUCAAACUACAUAAUGGAAUUGUGCAAAAAGUUGUGCAGAAAUAUUCAGAGUGAGUUCUAAGUAUUGCCGAAUCCUCUGCUCCCUUUGAUUCCAGCUCCCACUGUGAAAAAAGCCUCACUGAGUUCUUCUGCUGUCUCGCCUGGGGAUUUUAUGUUUCUCAUAUGAAAUAUUGAUGCAGACGGUCUUGUUUUGGAUACAGGCAAGACAAUAUGUCAAGACAGGGUAUUUCACCAAUUUACAGUUGAAUUGCCUACAAAAUCAAUUAGUCUCCCUAGGAAGGCGUUUGCCUCCCACAAUGUGCGUAGGGUCGGGUUUACAAGACAAAAAAUCAAUCAUGUGUUUUCUAUGAAGGCAGAAGAUAAACCUCUGUAGUAGGUGAACAUGUUCGAUGUGCCAAGCAGACCACAUUGGCCAGACAAAGAGUAUAGUUGAUGGUGUAAUAUAUAUAUUUUUUAUAGAGAUCACAUGAUGGGAAUAAAUGUACCUUGGUUGUAGAUGGAAGGCCCCUAUCAUGGUGGCUGGACCGAAGUGGAGAGAAACAGACCUACUGGGGAGGCUCUGUACCUGGGGUCCAACAGUGCUCCUGCAGCCUGGAGGAAAACUGCAUCGACAUGAACUACUUCUGCAACUGUGAUGCAGACACAAACUUAUGGUACCGUGGAUGCCAAUGUAUUUAUAUGUUUUAUGACCUGCAUUAACAACAUUUAUGUGUUUUACCAAUCAGUCUUUCCGUCUAUAAAUUGAUAAUUUGAGUACAUCUUUAAAUUGAGGAAACUGAGGUAAUGUCUAAAUUGAUCAAAACUUUUUCCAACAGGGUAAACGACACAGGAUUGCUCUCCUACAAAGAUCACCUACCACUGACUGAGAUUGUAAUAGGAGACACCAACAGGACAGGCUCAGCAGCUGUAUACAGAGUCAGCUUCCUUCACUGCAAUGGUGACAGUAAGUUUAGUUCAGUUCAUAUAAUUAUCCCAAAAGUGAGUGUGCCAAUAUUAAUCAUCUUUUUUGUUCAUACAGACUAUGCCAACAAAAAUUCAGUAGCUGUCUUUUUUAACAGUAGGGAAGAGUGGAGCAAGUGCUGUAUUUUUGUAACAGUAGGGGGGAGUGUGGUAAAGUUUUUACAUUUUCAGUUUAUUUUCUAACUGUACUUUCCUGUCUUUGCAGGGUUCCUGUGGAAUGCAGCCUCUUUCUAUCCAGGGUCAUCGUCCCUCCACUUCCCUAAGUUCCAGGCUGAGCUCAGUGCUGACAUCUCCCUGUACUUCAAGACCACAGCUUCAUCUGGUGUUCUCCUGGAGAACAUGGGGACCACUGACUUCAUCACCCUGAAGUUGACAUGUGAGUCGGUUUCUCCCUGAAUCCCAAAUCAACCAAACCCUACCCCCUCCCUAGGCACUUGUGUAAAUGAUAGAUGAUCACCUUAAGUUUAAACCUUUUCUGUUUCUAGAUGAAAGAUGACUUGGUAUUUGAUUAGAUAGUUCUGAUAACAUUAUGGAAAACGGUGGUUGAGUGGGGAGAAUACAUUGGCCCUGGAGCCAAAGACUACAAGCCAAAGACAAAUCCAUCUUAAACAAAAGUGGGCCACAUUUUGAACUUGAAUUUCUGUCUGUCACCCUCAGCUACCUCGGCUGUAACAUUCAGCUUUGACGUGGGGAACGGCCCGGUGGACUUGACGGUGACGUCCCCUGUCCCCCUAAAUGAUAAGCAGUGGCAUUACGUUAGGGCUGAACGCAACCUGAAGGAGGCCUCCCUGCAAGUGGACCAGCUGCCCCUACACACUCUGGAGGCCCCCUCUGAAGGACACUACCGCCUGCAGCUCAAAAGCUUACUGUUCAUAGGUAGGCACUAGACCCAGGUCAAACCACAACAACACUUUCUUUGCAUAUUAGCUACUGUUUAGUUCCACAUAGGAAGUAGUAUUCUUCUAUUUUUAGAGCAGUUUAAACGUCCUACUUAUACUCCCUGUGUUUCCUACUUCCUACUUCCUGUCAGGAGGAUCCACCUUCAGAGAGAGCAGUUUCCUGGGCUGCAUCCGUGCAUUGACCCUGAACGGCGUGACCCUUGACCUGGAGGAGCGGGCCAAGUUGACCCCAGGAGUGACCCCAGGCUGCCCUGGCCACUGCAGCGGCUCUGCUAGCAUCUGUCAUAACAGAGGGCGGUGUAUGGAGAAGAACAGUGGAUACGUCUGUGACUGUACACACUCUGCCUACAAUGGACCACACUGCAAGAAAGGUGAGUCACCCCAACAAACACAAAUAAGCUACAAAUAUUGUGAGAAGCUGAGUUAACGGCUGUCUUUGUGGUUAGGAAAAUGUAGCUACAAUAUUUGAAAGUAUGAAAUUAGAUUUAGAAAAGUAUUAUUUCAAAAGAUUUGGGAAGUGUAUUUGAUCAAAAGAGUGAUCAAAGCAUGUAUUAAAAAGAUCAGAGAUACUUUAUUUUCAAUCCCAUUGGUUUAUUCAUUUCCAUAAAUCUGAAACUAAUAUGAUAGGCCAGGACAUAUUUUCUGUUGGAUUGAAUUCCAUUCAAAAGCUGUGUACAUGCUGGCCUGGCUGGCACACAACGGGACUGCUGAGACUACACCACCCAUUAUGGAUGAAUCCUGUAUGAAUCCACUGGCAUCAAAGCAGGUUUUAUCACUUCAGAUAUUCAGAUAUAACCUAUUCCCAGCGUUUUUGAAUGAGGUUUCUGGACAGGGUCGUGCUUUAGGGAUAGGGGUACUUGGUACCUCAGAGAAUUUGUGAUGCAUUGUUGAUCUAGUUUCUUUGAGAUCAACAGCACAGUACAGCACUACUGAAUAGGACCAUUCUACACUAAUAACGCCAUCCAUGUUUGUAUCCCUGUAACAGCAGUGUCAAUGUCCUUUGAGAGUGGCUCCUCGGUGACCCUUACCUUCCAGAUGCCUUUUCCAGUCAUCCACAACAGAGACAGAGGUAGCCAGUCGUCUAGCAGUCAGCCAGUCCAUAGCCAGUCCUCAGCCAUCUAUGCCCACAACAUCGAGUUCAGAGAAAACGUCGCCUUCAGCUUUCUGACAACUCACACCCCUGCCAUGUUGCUCUGUGUCAGCACCUACCAUCAACAGUACCUGGCUAUCAUCCUCGCUAACAACGGUAGCUAUCUUGUGCUAUCUCCAUCCAUUGUUCUCUCUGUCUUUAUCUCUUAACAAGAUUGUAAAAUGAGUAGCUUUUUCAGACUUUCAGACUUUCUUAACUUUUGUAGGGAGUCUGCAGAUCUGGUACCGUUUGAACAGAGAGAAGAGAGCAGAAAUCUUUACUCCCAAAGCCUCCAGCCUAGCCGAUGGGCAGCUCCACCGUGUCCAAGUACACCGGGAGGGUAAAGACCUUUAUGUCCAGGUCAGUGAAAUCUAUCUGAAUCUAUUUCAUCAUUCCUCUAUAGCAAAGCAUUAUGCUUACAUCAUAGACGUUCAUCCCACCUUGAUGGCAUGUUCAAGUGUAUUUGGAAAUGUGUGCUUUUUUCUUAAACCAGAUUGACAAAGACAUCGACCAAAAAUACAACCUUUCUUCUGACACGAAGAUGAACACACUACGAUCAGUGACUUUGGGUAAAGUCACAGGUACAUCAGCAGGACUUGCUGGUUUGGAUGAGGAGGUGCUUAGGGCAGGAUCGAAGGGUUUCAUUGGCUGCCUGUCGUCUGUCCAGUUCAAUCAUUUGACACCACUGAAGACAGCCAUUCUGAAUCAUGGAAGCUCAUUGGUCCGUGUUCUUGGCAAUCUAGUUGAAUCGAACUGUGGAGCCUUGGCUGCAACUUCACAAUCAGCAUCUGGUGUGUUUAAUAGCAUUGAUUUGAAUCAUCAAUAUGGAUUUUAUGUAAUUCUAUAAGCAUAAACCAAAAUUAUGCAACGGGUUGUAACGGCUGCAAAUAUCACAGAGUGGGCCUUUAAUGACUCAUUAACUUGACCUCUCUCUUUUAGGUUUUGACAUGAAAAGUCAUAAUGACUAAAUUACUAAACAUCAUUGAUUGAAAUGCCUUUAUAAAUUCCACGUAGCCUAUGCCUUUCAUCGUCCACAGAAUAUAAUUGAAGGUCAUGUCUGACAUCUCCUUUGUUUGCUUGCUUCCUUUCUUCUGGAAUAAAUCAUUCAGAGGGCGGCGAUAGCGACGUAGAUCGACUGAAGAAGACAAGGAGUGAUUCAGCAGUAAUUGGAGGUUAGCCAGAAGAUCAUCCCCAGUUAUCUGUGUUUCUUCAGAUUAGAAAUUAAAUAGCAAAUUAUUUAAUUUCUGCCAUUCUCCCUGAAACUUUGAAAAAAAUACUUGUGACUUUACCACCUUUUUACAUUUGGCGUAGUCGGCAGGAUUGGGAUAAUCAUAUUUACCAAGUAACCCCCAGAAUUAUUAACUUUAAAGAAAAAGCAAUGUUCUCUCUCUCUGGCUCUCUCUCCCCAGGUCUCAUCACAGCUGUGUUCCUCAUCACCCUCUGUGCCAUGGCCGUGAUGUCAUGGUUCCUGUACCGCCGCUGCAGCCGCACCCACCCACAGGAGAAGGCCUCCAUCUCACAGAAGAAGGAUCCCAGACACAGCCUGGAGCACAGCUACCCUGUAGACUUGGUCUUGGAUCUAGACCUGGACCUGCACAGCUCUGUGAGACACAACAGAAAGGAAUACUACAUCUGAUGCCAUGGAGUCUUACUCACCAUAGCCUUCUUUGCCCACCCUCCUGCCUCCUGUUCCGCGCACUGUUCUGCCUGGCCUCAACUACAGAACCCUCUGGGUAGAGCAGCCAUUCGACACAAAACCCAGUGUUAGUCACCUGCCCGUCCCUGGGCUUUCUAGGAGCAGUGAUCAUUGGUGAUUUAUUCCCUGUGUGACUACAAGAAUGACCCAAUGGAGGAUGGUAAUUCUGCAGCUUUAUAUCUGUUUAGUGGGGCAUGGGAGCUGUACCACUUUUGAUGUGCAAUGACAAUUGGAGAAAAUGUAUUAAGUUGAUCACAUAUCUACUUUAUAUUAUAUUGCUCUAAAGUCAGGAGACAAAAAGCCUCAAAUUCAAAGAAUCAGAUCCACCCCAGUGACUUCAUAAGCCCGCUUUAUACAGCCUUGCAUUCUGAAUGUAUAAUUAAAGGGAUUUUCUGUAGGGGUUGGUUGGGUACCGGUACUCUAACUCACUUACUUGUAUUCACUUGUGGAUUCUGAAUGUGAUAAUGAUGUUCGACCAUCUGCCAAGGCAAGGUCUGGGCAAGCAAUGCACCUGUUCUUGCUCCCUGGCUAAACCACUGAUCAAAUCUCACUGAAAAGCAUUGUGGCUGUGUGCCAAGGACUUUGUGGCUGGCCCCUUUUUCUCUCUGAACACAUCGGUUUUCUGUUUCCAAUAUGUUGUUUGUUGCGCCCUCACUGCAAAUAACCAUUUUAUUAUUUCUUCAUCCACCAUCACCGACAUCCUGCAACAUGUUAUGAUUUUAUGAAUCACCAAAGAGUGGUACAGUAAACGCAUACUAGAUGUCCGAAAGUCCAAAUGUAGUACAGUACAAUGUUAUGUGAUUGUGCUAGUAACUUAAUUAUCUCUAGACCUUAAGAAGAUAAUUAGAGGGAAUCUAGGGUAGAAAGGUAGGUUCAUUCUCAGGAGAGCUCUUGUCCUGGUUGUUGUUGUGAGUUUUGUUGAACAGAGAAGUACAGUAUUGUACAAAUUUGCUACAGUCUCCCCCAGAAACCAUGUUACUUGCUCUUACAUUGGUAAAAAAGCAAGGCUUUAUAUUUUGCACAUUUAGCAAACCAACAGAACAACUAAAUUGGACAUCAAAUCUGUGUAGAAAGCUUGCUAUACGAAUGAAACAUGUAUUCAGGGGAUGAUCUUCUGUCAUGAAAGACCCACAAUAAAGGAUUGUUAUUGCCUGGUUAUAUUAUUUCAAGUGCAUUAGGUCAUUUAUCUACAGUAUUUUACUGUAAAAGAUUUACAAACCCCACUGACACAAUUAUUGAAUAUGAUUCAUUGAAAUAUUAAAUUGAUUUUGAAUUAGUUUUAUAGAAUUCUUCAGGUAUAUUGUAAACAAAUGUAUAUUUAAUAAAGACAUUUUUACAGGUUUAUGUGAAUAACAGUGUAUGUUGUGAUUUGAUAUGAAAUAUGUUAUUCUUAUCUCACUUUCCCAAAUCUCUUUUGCCUCUUCUAUCUGAGCUUGGGUCAGUACAAAGUACACACUGUUAUCUGUCAUAUUAUCUUAAAAACAUUCAUUAUCAAAGUCUGGCAUUGUGAUUUAUCCACAAUAUAAUUGACCCCACGCUAUCACACACUGUCACGCCCUGACUCAGGGGACUCUUAUAUGUUGAGUCAGGGUGUGUAUAUUCUUUGUUAGCUACAGUGGGGAAAAAAGUAUUUAGUCAGCCACCAAUUGUGCAAGUUCUCCCACUUAAAAAGAUGAGAGAGGCCUGUAAUUUUCAUCAUAGGUACACGUCAACUAUGACAGACAAAUUGAGAAAAAAAAUCCAGAAAAUCACAUUGUAGGAUUUUUUAUGAAUUUAUUUGCAAAUUAUGGUGGAAAAUAAGUAUUUGGUCACCUACAAACAAGCAAGAUUUCUGGCUCUCACAGACCUGUAACUUCUUCUUUAAGAGGCUCCUCUGUCCUCCACUCGUUACCUGUAUUAAUGGCACCUGUUUGAACUUGUUAUCAGUAUAAAAGACACCUGUCCACAACCUCAAACAGUCACACUCCAAACUCCACUAUGGCCAAGACCAAAGAACUGUCAAAGGACACCAGAAACAAAAUUGUAGACCUGCACCAGGCUGGGAAGGCUGAAUCUGCAAUAGGUAAGCAGCUUGGUUUUAAGAAAUCAACUGUGGGAGCAAUUAUUAGGAAAUGGAAGACAUACAAGACCACUGAUAAUCUCCCUCGAUCUGGGGCUCCACGCAAGAUCUCACCCUGUGGGGUCAAAUGAUCACAAGAACGGUGAGCAAAAAUCCCAUAACCACACGGGGGGACCUAGUGAAUGACCUGCAGAGAGCUGGGACCAAAGUAACAAAGCCUACCAUCAUUAACACACUACGCUGCCAGGGACUCAAAUCCUGCAGUGCCAGACGUGUCCCCCUGCUUAAGCCAGUGUGUCCAGGCCCGUCUGAAGUUUGCUAGAGUGCAUUUGGAUGAUCCAGAAGAGGAUUGGGAGAAUGUCAUAUGGUCAGAUGAAACCAAAAUAUAACUUUUUGGUAAAAACUCAACUCGUCGUGUUUGGAGGACAAAGAAUGCUGAGUUGCAUCCAAAGAACACCAUACCUACUGUGAAGCAUCGGGGUGGAAACAUCAUGCUUUGGGGCUGUUUUUCUGCAAAGGGACCAGGACGACGGAUCCGUGUAAAGGAAAGAAUGAAUGGGGCCAUGUAUCGUGAGAUUUUGAGUGAAAACCUCCUUCCAUCAGCAAGGGCAUUGAAGAUGAAACGUGGCUGGGUCUUUCAGCAUGACAAUGAUCCCAAACACACCACCCGGGCAACGAAGGAGUGGCUUCGUAAGAAGCAUUUCAAGGUCCUAUAGUGGCCUAGCCAGACUCCAGAUCUCAACCCCAUAGAAAAUCUUUGGAGGGAGUUGAAAGUCCGUGUUGCCCAGCGACAGCCCCAAAACAUCACUGCUCUAGGGGAGAUCUGCAUGGAGGAAUGGGCCAAAAUACCAGCAACAGUGUGUGAAAACCUUGUGAAGAAUUACAGAAAACUUUUGACCUGUGUCAUUGCCAACAAAGGGUAUAUAACAAAGUAUUGAGAAACUUUUGUUAUUGACCAAAUACUUAUUUUCCACCAUAAUUUGCAAAUAAAUUCAUAAAAACUCCUACAAUGUGAUUUUCUGGAGAAAAAAAAUCUCAUUUUGUCUGUCAUAGUUGACGUGUACCUAUGAUGAAAAUUACAGGCCUCUCUCAUCUUUUUAAGUGGGAGAACUUGCACAAUUGGUGGCUGACUAAAUACUUUUUUCCCCCACUGUAUAUUCUAUGUUGUAGGUCUAUUAUGUGUAGAUCUAUGUUGGCCGGUGUGGUUCCCAAUCAGAGGCAGCUGUAGCUCGUUGUCUCUGAUUGGGGACCAUACUUAGGCAGCCUUUUGGCACUAGUGGGUUGUGGAAUCUUGUUCCGUUUAAGGUUUGUUGUGUGUUACCUUAGGACUUCACGUGUCAUUGGUUUAUUGUUUUGUCGUUGUGUUUAUUCAUUAUAAUAAACAUGUAUGCAUAUCACGCUGCGCCUUGGUCCGUCCCGUCAAUCAACGAGCGUGACACACACCACCCCUCCAGAAAAAGAAAACUCCUAAAAAGUGCUGGAAGAGCAUAUUUAUGAGUAAUGCUCUUUUGCGGCCAUUAUUUAUUUUCAUUUAGCCUUCAAGGCAAGCUUUAGUUUUAGGAGACUAGGGAAAAGUGGGGUGGUUGGAUGAUUGAGAUGACUGGUGUUAUCAUAUAUCACUGGGGAAGAAGCGGUUCUAGAGGCCCAGAGUGAUGAAGUAGACCAUUACCCUCUCCUCUGCCCUCAGCUAGUUAAUAAUACAAUUACAAGCUGUGGGCUGAUCCUAAAAUCAAAACUGUGCUGUUAUACUCUGGUCCACACCACUGCUGUUGUUCUCCCCUCUUCCCUCCUAUCAAAAUAAAAUGGCAAGCAGUGGGAGAAGAAGGCUAGUUCAACACUCAAAAAGUGGUACUAAGCAUUUGCACAUAAGCAAAGUUAGCACCUCAUACUAGUUCAACUUAUUAUCAAGCAAAAGGAAAACACUGGAAGAAAUCUAGUCUGGAUGUUGAGAAACAACAAAGCCAGCAACAUUAGCCUCAGGUUGGUUGCAGAGGGAGAAAAUAACAGAAUGGUUGAUUGAAUACUGCUGGGACAUGUCGGUAAUGAGACUAUAUGUCUUCCUCUAGCUGUUGUGACAGCUACAGAGAUAGACAUGGUGAAGAUGAUGAUGCCACAUUACCUGAGAGCUUUGUCUUCCCUAGUUCUCUACCUGUGUCUGAUUAGGUCAUAUCUAAAGAAAUCAUCAUGACUGCAAAAAACGACUUCACAUGGAUUCAUUUGUUUAUUACAUACAUUUAUUACAGUCAGGAACUGAUUGUGUUUUUCACAGUAAAAGUUAUGAAUGAAUAGUUUGUUAGUAGGCCAUUUUCAGUCCAUUGCUAGACUGAGUGAAAGAGGAGAACAGCAUGGUGCUUAGUCUUUGACUGUAAUGAUGCAUCAACCAGCAUCCAUUAUGCAGAGUGAGAUAGAGAGAUAGAGAAAGAGAGAGAGAGACAGAUCGAGAGCGUCGCUCCGACAGUGUCACCCUGACCUUUCCCAGCAUCCCGUCAUCUCUGUCCUGCUCUCCUCAUCUCUACUCUACUCCCUCAUUAAACCAGGUUAACCUUUCCCAUAAGCUUCCAAUCUAUCCAUCUACCUAUCCACAGACUGAUGAGGGUAAGGGCAAAUGUGACUACUUCAAUUCUACUUCCACUUGCAAACGGAAUACAUUGGCCUCUUUGACUAAGCGGUAUUAGGGAAGGAGGAAAUGUCUAACGUGGAAUGUAAAGGGUGUAAAAAACAGAGAAAAAAAACUGAAAAGAGAGAAGAAAAAUUGGCAUUGAUGAAUGUGCCAACCUUGUAGAUAAUAUAUGAAACCUAAAAAUAACCGGAAAACAAAUAAGACAUGUCUAAAGCGUUUAAGUCAAGGUGCGGGCAGCGGACAGUCGGGUCAGAGGAGUAAACAACUUGGCCAACAAAAUUACCAGCUGUCACUCACAGCCUAUAGGGAAACAUAGACCCUCAGAUCUUUCUCCAGGGACACUCGUGAAAAAUAUCCCUAAGAUUCAGCUACUGUAGCUGUGCCACUAACGCUCCUUUCACACCAGAGCCACAUGACAGCAAUUUCCUAGCGAAAGACUUGUCAAAUAAAAACGACAGUAACAAUGAUCAGUGGGACCUUUCAGGCUCCUGAGGGAGGGUUUGAGAGUCCUUCCUAGGACCAAAGGGCUAACUCUAAACCCUGUGAUGGAAUGUCAGAAUUAUCUGUGUCAUCUGUGGUCCUGAAAUAGCACAUAGAGAACACAAAUUGAUAAAGAAGUACUUUGGGAUUCAAUGGGUCUAGCUGUUUGAACCGAGGACUAUUUGCUAAAGGGAAACACAAGGAAACCUUUAUUUGUAGGGUAGGCUAGGAAGUUGAGCCUCUGUGUGGGAGGAUAAUAAUAUUCUGCUCUGUCUCUCACCACUUCCAUGCAGUAAAUUGCUUGUCAUGGCAUAUUUGCACUUCCAGCCAGCCACAACAUUAGGAGAGGCAAGUCUACCUCAACCUGGUGUGUGGCUGUGCAUGGGUGUGAAGAUCCAGAAGAGAUCAUGAAUACACCUGUUAAUUAUAGCUGUAUGGUGUUUUUGACAACAUCUAAGUAAAUCUAGCAAAAAUAAUGACUUCAUAAUAAGAGUCUUUAGAAGGUGGUAAUCAAGAGAAAUUGACUGUGAAGAGGCACAUCUCAUACAGUAUGUUGAUUACCAGGCGUGAAAUUGCUCAGGUACAAAGUGGGCUAGAUGUUUUUCUAACACUUAACUACCACAUCACAGCCUCUUCUCUGUGCCAUCAUCAGUAAUCAGAACAUCUUGUCAUUUUCAGCAUGAUAACAGAUACUCUUCAAAGUAGGUAAUACUUACUGUAUAAUCAAUUCUGGUGAAGACCGUAGUACUCAGCCACUCUCACAUGGAGGGAGCGAGCCUCCUCAAUAUUUUCUCAGCUGUGAUGUUUACCCUCAAGACCUCAAUGCUCUGGAAGCCUAGCGGUGGUCAGGCUCUCAUCAAGCACAGGUCAUAUGAAAUGACAGGCUGAGCGUUGUGGUUGAAUGUCAGAAAGGCCAGAAACAACAAGGGGAACUCCACAACACAAACAUCAACACACACACGCAUUAAUGCACACACACACACAAAACACUACACAACACACAACACUGUCCCAUCCAGCCUGAACUGCACAGUCAGCCAAUCAAUAUGUUGGCUGCUCCAUUGAUGUGAUUAUGCUACCUUUUUUUCUGCCUGCCAAAUAUGGAACUGGAUUUUAAUUCUAAUCAAAUCAAAUCAAAAUCAAAUCAAAUGUUAUUGGUCACAUGCGCCGAAUACAACAGGUGCAGACAUUACAGUGAAAUGCUUACUUAGAGCCCUUAACCAACAGUGCAUUUAUUUUAAACAAAAAAGUAAAAAUAAAACAACAACAACAAAAAGAGUGUUGAGAAAAAAAAGAGCAGAAGUCAAAUAAAGUGACAGUAGGGAGGCUAUAUAUACAGGGGGGUACCGUUGCAGAGUCAAUGUGCGGGGGCACCGGCUAGUUGAGGUAGUUGAGGUAAUAUGUACAUGUGGGUAGAGUUAAAGUGACUAUGCAUAAAUACUUAACAGAGUAGCAGCAGCGUAAAAAGGAUGGGGUGGGGGGGCAGUGCAAAUAGUCCGGGUAGCCAUGAUUAGCUGUUCAGGAGUCUUAUGGCUUGGGGGUAGAAGCUGUUGAGAAGUCUUUUGGACCUAGACUUGGCACUCCGGUACCGCUUGCCGUGCGGUAGCAGAGAGAACAGUCUAUGACUAGGGUGGCUGGAGUCUUUGACAAUUUUGAGGGCCUUCCUCUGACACCGCCUGGUAUAGAGGUCCUGGAUGGCAGGAAGCUUUGCCCCAGUGAUGUACUGGGCCGUACGCACUACCCUCUGUAGUGCCUUGCGGUCGGAGGCCAAGCAGUUGCCAUACCAGGCGGUGAUGCAACCAGUCAGGAUGCUCUCGAUGGUGCAGCUGUCAAAUUUUUUGAGGAUCUGAGGACCCAUGCCAAAUCUUUUUAGUCUCCUGAGGGGGAAUAGGCUUUGUCGUGCCCUCUUCACGACUGUCUUGGUGUGUUUGGACCAUGAUAGUUCGUUGGUGAUGUGGACAGCAAGGAACUUGAAGCUCUCAACCUGUUCCACUACAGCCCCGUCGAUGAGAAUGGGGGCGUGCUCAGUCCUCUUUUUUUUCCUGUAGUCCACAAUCAUCUCCUUUGUCUUGGUCACGUUGAGGGAGAGGUUGUUGUCCUGGCACCACACGGCCAGAUCUCUGACCUCCUCCCUAUAGGCUGUCUCAUCGUUGUCGGUGAUCAGGCCUACCACUGUUGUGUCGUCGGCAAACUUAAUGAUGGUGUUGGAGUCGUGCCUGGCCAUGCAGUCAUGGGUGAACAGAGAGUACAGGAGGGGACUGAGCACGCACCCCUGAGGGGCCCCCGUGUUGAGGAUCAGUGUGGCAGAUGUGUUGUUACCUACCCUUACCACCUGGGGGCGGCCCGUCAGGAAGUCCAGGAUCCAGUUGCAGAGGGAGGUGUUUAGUCCCAGGAUCCUUAGCUUAGUGAUGAGCUUAGAGGGCAUUAUCUUGGUAGGUAAUUGAUUUAGUAUAAAAGUACAAUUUAAACAAACUUGUGAUUAAACCUGCCAAGUGGGCAUUUUCAUCUUUGUUAAUUAUAUAGGCCUAUUCCACAGGUAAAUAUCUGUCUUUGUAAUUCAUGGUAUUUCCUAUACAACUGAGCACCAUCUGGCCCUGCUUAGAAACGGUUCGUUUAGCAUCUGCAGACAUGACAACAAACAUUAGUUUCAGUUUGACUGAAAAAGGGUGGUGAUUAAAAAGUAAUUAUGUUUACAGAUCCCCUACCCUGACUGCUAUAACAAUACUCAACUAGCAGUCACAGAGGGAGACCAUGUGUAAUAACACUUAGUUGUUAUAUCUAGUUUAGAGGGAGAGAUUCAGCUUAGUUCUAAUAGUCUGUCUGGAACUCUUAUCUGUCUUAACAUUGCCUAGCUGUCCAGACAAGGACUGGUUCCAUUUUUACAUUUAAGUCAUUUAGCAGAUGCUCUUAUCCAUAUCAACUAGGGUUAAGUGCCUUGCUCAAGGGCACGUCGACCAAUUUUUCACCUAGUUGGCUCUGGGAUUCGAACCAGACACCUUUUGGUUACUGCCCCGACUCUCUUAACUGCUAGGCUACCUGCCGCAAGGCUACCUUCCACCAGUUCCCACCCUAUAGGUCUCAGUCUUCCUGUGUGUCUCAGUCUCCCUCACCUCCAUAACCCUAGCCCUUACUCUAACCCUAUCCAUAACUCUAUCCCAGGACUCUAACUGUGUGACACUAUCACUCUACACUAUAGUAGGUCCCAGGCUUCCUGUGUGUACCUCUACUCCUCCCAAUCUCCUAGCCCUAUCCAUAACCCUAUCCCAGCCAGUUCUAUUGUGUGAGACAAUCACCCAGCAGCUGUGGUCCAUUUGUAAAAGGGAGGGGCCUGCAUGCUUAACUCUUGGCUACGUAAGAGCCCAUGUCUACCAGGGGAACUAG